AUGGCGAACAUCAUAGCAAUCCGGCCUGGUAAUAUGGAUACGCAGAGCGUGGCGGAGAUCUUCACCCCACGCAAGCUCUCUGUGGAGGAACAUGGUGAGGUUGUCGCUCCCGCGGUCCGCGAACGUAUCUGGGGUCCAGCAGCUCGAGUCGAUUCGACGGUGACAUUCGAGGAGUACCAGUACUGGGCUAAGGAGGAGCGUGCUUUAGAGGAGGAAGAGAAUCGGCUCGAUCAAGCUGAGAGGGGUCCGCGCACAGCCCUGUCAACUAUCACCGGCCGCUUCUCCAAGGGUGUGCGUCAGGAAAGUGCUGAGAAGGAUAAGAAAGCUCUCGAACGUACCCACAGGACUGUCGACGAGAAGAACGGGGACGGCACUGUCACUGAUACAAAAGGCGACUCACAUGGCUCGAUGCUCUCGCCAGCUACCUUAGCGGCCACCCACACUGAGUGGCGUGAUGCUGCCCGUGUUAUGCGCACAGCCAGCUGGGGGUCGAUCUUCUACCUCAUUACCACUGACAUCCUUGGCUGGUCCAGUACCCCGUACGUCUUCGCCAGCGUCGGGUUUGGACCUGGUGUGGCCUUGUACGUGAUCUUUGGCCUUGCUGCUGGCUUCAGCGGCUGGAUUCUUUGGCAAGUGUUCUUGGGUCUGGAUUCUGCCCGCUACCCUAUGAUGAGUUUCGGCGACCCAUUCUUCCGUGUGUUCGGAAAGAGAGCACGCCAUGCCAUCAAUAUCAUGCAGUCCAUUCAGCAGUUUCUGACUGUCGCCGUGCUAGUGCUUGGGCAAGCGUCUAUCAUCGCACAGAUCGCAGGUGCCAGGAUCUGCUUCAUUGUAACGAUGAUCAUUGUCAUGGUCGUCGGCAUGAUUCUGGGCAGCAUCCGAAGUCUGCAGCGCUUGAGUUGGCUAUGCAAUGCUUCAGUCUGGAUGAAUGUUAUCAACUUCAUAAUCAUCCUCGUCGCUGCCGGCAAAUACCCACCUGACUACGAAACGAUCUUCGCCCAAACAGUAUUGCCCAAGCAAAUCAUGCCGAAGCGCACAUUUGCAGGUCCACCGCCACCAGACUACCAGCUACAGUCAAAGAACGAAUUCGCUGCCCAAUUCAACGGGGUGGACUCGAUGGUUUACGCUUACUCUGGUCUCAUCUUAUUCAUUGCGUUCCUGGGAGAGAUGCGGCACCCUAUGGACUUCUACAAGGGUCUCUUCUUGGCGCAAGGUUUCAUCUGCUUGGUCUACAUCUGUUUUGGUGCCGCAGUUUAUGCUGAAGUCGGUCAAUAUAUGGUCUCUCAGAUCGGCCAGUCCAUCCAGCCAUACUCGAUUCAGACCGCUGGUAAUGUUUUUAGCUUGCUGACGGGCUUCAUUGCUAUUGUCCUCUACUUCAAUGUCUGCAUGAAGACAAUCUAUCUCGAAGUCUUCCAAGAGAUCUUUCACUUCCCGUCCAUCACUACGAAACGUGGCACAUGGAUGUGGUUCGGACUCGGACCGCUGCUUUGGAUUCUAGCCUUCAUCGUUGCUGCUUCGGUUCCGAAUCUCAAUGGCAUCGUCAAUGUCGUCGGCGGUCUGUUUUCGCUCAACUUCACGUACAGUAUCCCGGCUCUCUUAUGGCUGGGCUACAGUGUCAAGGACGCCUCCGCAUUAGAAGGCGAAGGAUUCAAUCCUGCUACUGGUGAGACCACACGGCUUGAUGGGGGCGUGAAGCGAUAUGUUCGAGGCUACCUCAAGCGUCCGAUCUCCCACACCAUCACGCUGCUAUACUUCACUGCUGGCCUCGCCUGCUCUGGCAUGGGAUCGUGGGCUGCCAUCGAGGGUUUGAUCUCAGUCUUCGGACCUGGAGGUACUGUUGCCACUUCUUGGGGUUGUGCUAGCCCUGUGGGUUAG